AUGGUGGUUUGGGAAAAGGUGGUUUGUUUGGUCAUUGAUAUUGUGGGCAAUGAUGGCUUGGACGAUGCUGGUUUGGCCAAUGAUAGCUUGGGCAAAGAUGGGUUGGACAAGGAUGGUUUAAACAAGUAUGGUUUGUACAAGGAAGAUUUGAACAAGGAUGGUUUGGACAAGUAUGGUUUGGGCGAGUAUGGUUUUGGUAAUUAUAGUUUCGAUAAUGAUAGUUUGAACGAUGAUAGCUUGGGCAUUAAUAUUUUGGGCAUUGAUAGUUUGGAAAAAUAUAAUUUGGGAAAUGAUACUUUGGGCAUUGAUAGUUGGGACAAGUAUGGUUUGGACAAGGAUGGUUUGAGUAAAGAUAUUUUGGGUAAAGAUAGUUUGGUUAAUGAUAGCUUGGGCAAUAAUGGUUUAGGCAUUGAUAUCUUGGGCAUUGAUAGUUAG